ACAUCUAAUCUUUACCAUACAUAACCGAUACCAUGUGCUAGCUAGCAGUCAGUGUGAAUGCUGGAGUUAACAUAGUUACAGCUUGUUGUAUUGAAAAUGUCUAAACAAAUCGCACAGGAUGGAGAGAGGGUCCGAGACUGUAUCGUGAUUGAAGAUGGCGCUAGUGGAUACCCCCUUGACAUGUUUUGUAUCCCGAACCAUUACCAGGGCACACUGGACCGCAUACUUAUACCUGGGGGACUAAUCAAGGACCGGAUCGAACGAUUAGCCCAAGACAUUGUGCGUGACUUUUCAUCAGAAGGAAUGGUGGCCCUUUGUGUACUAAAAGGAGGCUACAAAUUCUUUACGGACUUACUGGACAGAAUAAAACAGAUGAACAGCCAUAUGGAAAGACCUCUCCCAUUGGCUGUCGACUUUAUACGCCUCAGGAGCUAUGUAGAUGACCAGUCAAGUGGAAAGAUAGAAGUAAUAGGAGGGGACAGCUUGGAAAACCUCAAGGGCAAGAAUGUGCUAAUCGUAGAGGACAUUGUCGACACCGGACGGACUAUGGAACGACUCCUGGACCAUCUGAAACAGUUUGAAUGCAAAAUGGUUAAAGUUGCAAGUCUUUGUGUGAAGAGAACGGUGAGGAGGACAGCCAUUGUAGGCUACAGACCUGACUACACAGGAUUUGAGAUUCCCGAUGAGUUUAUAGUCGGAUACGCUAUAGACUACAACGAAUAUUACCGUGAUCUCAAUCAUGUAUGUGUUGUGAAUGAAGUGGGCAAGAAAAAAUAUGCAGUACAGAAGUGAUGGAACCAAAUAAUAGCGACCAGAACACUGAAUACUUUACAUAUGGACCUCAAGGCACUCCUUUAAAGCAUGUUUCAUCUGUGACCAAAUUAUUCAGGAAUGUCGAUGUCCUAUACCAUUAGCCUAUGUUGACAAUAUUUAACAACAUAUGAACUUGACAAAAAAACAUUUAUGAUUGUUGACCAGAAAUGAACCCUCACACACAAGCUUUGUGUUUUGUAUUUUCUAUACACAUUUGAAACAUGUACCUGGUGACCCUGAGUAAAAUACCAAAGAUUAGUGACCUCGAAGCUUUGACCUUGAAGGGGUGACCUUGGAAGAAAAUAAAAGGUGUAUCAAUUGCUGGUGUAUCAUGAACUGUAUAUAUUGAUUCAUCUGCUUGUCGACCUUAAGAAGAAUACCAAACAUCGCUGACCUUGAAUGAUGACCUUGAGUUGUGACCUUGAAUAAAAUCUUGAAGAAAGUGGAUCAAAUGCUGAUUUACCAUAAGAAACUGAAGAAGUAUGUGAUCUUGGGUGUUUAACAACUCGAUAUUGAUGCUAUAGCUGUGAAAAGUUAUAAUCCAAUGUCAAGGUCAAAUUAUUGUAUAGAGGUCGGAAAAAGGACCAGACCUUUUUAUAGUUUUUGGAGGUUUUUUUGGCAAACUUUAUAUAUAUAUAAAUUUUUAACAUCAUCUAUCUUUUAUUAUAUUCUGGUUUUGUUCAACAUCUGAAUUCCUGUCAGUUUGGGCCAAAGCCUGAAUUCCUGUCAGUUUGGGCCCAAGACUGAAUUCUUGGAAGUUUGGCCCCGAGACCACUGUCAAGCUAGCUAGUCCAGUUAAAUUCCCUGUAGUGUGGAUAGGAGACUAUUAAUAAGCAAACCAGAAUUCCUUACAGUGUAGACCGAAGACCAUGGCCAGAACAUAUCUGAUAUCCUAUUGAGUGUGGGCAUGGAGGGCCAGUGACCUAUGUGGGGCAUGUCUUAAUAAUAGAGAGGGAACACAUGUUCAGGCCAUCCACAACAAUCAGUUAGUGGGGUACAGUCAGAUUGGGCCAGUCUGAAUCCCAAACAGUGUGGAUAUAAGGCCUUGGUCAGUUUUUGGUCAGAAUCCAUUGGAGUCCAGACCUGAAACCUUGGUUUGUUAGCCUGAACUAUUAGAAAUGAGAAUGAGACUAUGGUCAACUUAUUACAGAGACCAGUCUAAAUUCCUUGCAGUGGAGGACCAAUCUGUAUGGUUCUGAUAUCCUGAAUUCCUAAAGCAACUCAAUUCCUAACAAAUCUAGUCUGACUGAAACAAAGCAUUUAGAUACACAAUCUUCUGCAGACAAAUGAUCUUGCAGGACUAUUUAUGUAGCCGUACCAUAUAUGUACAGCUGUACGUACCAGUACACACCAACUCCAUUCUUAGAACUUGAAUAAAAUAACCACUGGGCUUAAUAUUCCUAAAUCUAAUCUUUUACCUUUACAUGUUUUUGUACAUCGUUAAGGGUGUUACCCUAAUUAUAACAACUAUCACAGUUUGAACAGUUUGUUUAACACUGACCACAGAUAUACCUCCACGAAAACUGGUAGAUCCUUUACCAAUUUGGUGAUGAUGAAAUGUUUUGUACAUUAAAUUGCAAGCCAAUAUUGAGAAUAACAUUAUGUAAUUAUAAUAUCAAUUAUGUGCCAUAGUAAACGAUACAAAUUAUGGUUUACAAAACAGUUAGUCAACCUUUCUAAUUAGAUGGGAGCGAAAAUUAUCUUUAUUAACAAGCUGUCUUUAUUUCCAUUACCCUAACAAGGUAAAACUUUCUUCUUUUGAAUGGAACAGAUGAUAAAAUUUCACAUUUUCUACAAUUUGUAAUAGCCAAAGUAACUCUCUGGGUAUUGCCAAUAUAGAAUGCCACAAAACAUUGUUGGGGGUAUUCUUUGUGUACUUCAAGAUCCCUGUCCAACUGCAGGCAAAACACUGGAGAGUUCCACUGUUCAUGUUCAUACCUACAUUAACCUCAAUCCCCUUGGAUUAGUUUUGGAUAUAACUGUGCCAGGCUACUAUAAAUGCUAGCCUGACAGCUCCACAUUAGGUUAGAGUGCUAGUGCAAUAACCAAAGAUUAAGGUUCAAAUCCUUGUCGGGCCAUGUUUCUCAUUGACUUUAAUUAUACAAGUUUGUGACAUUUAUCAUGGUAGUUGCUAGAUUUUGAGACAGUUUUGAUUUUAAUUUUUUUUUAUACACCAUUUGAUAUAGCGCCCUAUAUCUAGCUAACAUGACCCUCUCUA